AUGUUUGAUACUCAACAUGCUUAUGGAACCAGCUGUAACAGUCUUCGCUUUGCCUACUGUGAGUACUACCACCACAACCACUACCACCACAAUCACCACAGACUGGUAUUUGUGCCACAGACCAUGACGUGGUUUGAAGCUAAGGAGUACUGCACAACCUCUUAUUGGAACUUGGCCACUAUGCACUCCACCUCUGCCGGGAAGGAAAACUUUCUGGUGUGGAUCGGACUGUACCGAGAAGGGGAAACAUGGAGCUGGAGCGCCGGGGAAACAGAGUAUGAAGACUGGGAUAAUGAUGAGCCUGGCACCGGCGACUGCAUCACCAUCGCCUCUGACACAAAAAAAAUGAGCACCCAAGACUGCUCAUCCCGGUAUCCUUUCACCUGCUUCAAGGACAACCUGAUCCUGGUGAAGGAGAACAAGACCUGGGAGGAGGCGCUGGAGCACUGUCGCUCCAUCUGGACGCACCCACACAACUCUGACAUCCACUACAGGUUGGUCAGUGUCCAGCCUGGAGAAGACCACGCCUACAUGAGGUUCAGGGUCAGAGAGGCAACAACAGAGAAGGUGUGGGUGGGUCUGCGUUUCCUGGUGGAUCAGUGGCGGUGGGUGAACGGAGUGGACAUGUUGUUCUCAGACCUUCCUGAAUGUCCCAUUGAGCAGCAGAGGUGUGGAGCUUUGUCCACAAACUCCAACAGCAGCACUCUGGAGCCCAUGGACUGUCUGGAGACAAACAACUUCCUGUGUUACAUUUAG